AUGCUAUCUACUCUCUUCCCCCGCGUAAUUCGCCUCGCCACAACCCUACGUCACUUUGCCGUCACCACGCCCCGCGUCACCACCGCGUCGCGUCACUUCGCUUUCCCCGCACGCGCUUUCGCUGCUGCAGCCACUGUCACUAAGCGCAAGCCGGUGGCCGCAAAGUCUGCAUCUAAGCGCAGUACUGCUGGCGCGUCCAAAUCGCCCAGCGGGAAGGGUCGCAAGACCAAGGCUAAGAAGGGUAAGAAACCUGGGAAACGCGUCGCCAAGGCAGCCCCUAAGAAGAGAAGUCGACCUGUCGAAAAGAAAGUGAAAGAGAAACUGCCCCAACCACCUGCUAGGCCCGCUGGGCCUUAUGGUUUGUUCACCGCCGCAAAUUCUGUGAAAUAUACGAAGCCCCCGGUGACUCAGGAACAAUUCCGGCAGGCGGCUUCGAAGCUAGCUGCGGACUGGCAGGCCCUUCCAGUGGAGGAAAAACAGGUAUAUUACGACGACGCGGCGCGGCGUCUGAGCGAGUACCACGUCGCAUUGUCAGAAUGGAGCAGAGAUAUUUCAUACGAUAUGUUGCGGAAGAUCAAUAAGCAACGUCGUGCGAAGAAACAGAGGAACAUUCGCCUUGCCGGUCACCGCGACUUCAUCAAGCCUUCGAAUCCGUAUCUCAUUUUCGUAUCAGACCAAAGGGCCAUACCUGAGAAUUGGGAUGGCGCACCCGCCUCAGGAAUUGCUCGGCAGAGUUGGUUUGUGAAGAAGGCUGCUAGUCAGUGGAAGAAGCUGUCCGAUGCCGAGAGAGCUACGUACGUAGAGCGCGCCGCGAAGCAUAAUGUUGCCUAUCGUGCUCAGAAAGCUGAGGCAACUUAG